AGCAUACUUGGUCUCAAAAUACCUUUAAUUCAUUGUGUUGAGAAAAAAUGGGAAAAAUUGAAAUCAUGGCUUUAGAACUGCUGAUGAGCAUGCAGUCCUUUCACUGCAAACACGGUGAGCCUGCAUUAAGAAAUGUAAUCAACUCUGCAUUUCUAAAUGUAGGCAAACCGAUUUUUUUUUUAUUUUCUGCACCGAUAAAUACGACUUUGAAUCUUUUUUUUUCUUUUUUUUUACUGAUUCAUGAAGAAUCCUGAACAUCCUUAAUGCUCAGUGAUGUGAAGGAUGCUACUGCAGCAUCCAGCUGAAACAGUCACAGCCGAACUGUUACAAGCUGCCCCAGCACUGGAUAUUCCUGCAGCGUUUGAACGUGUUUAUCCUAACCAGGGUUUUCACAGCAACCGUCCUCAUUGAUGUGAUGUUAAGUGAUUGUGCACGUGUGUUUUCAGAACACCACCAGUCCUUGGCUGCACCAGGCUGCUAGUGACAGUCUGGGUUUGCUAAACCACAUUCCAGUCCGCCCCGCCAGCGCCGAUGCCCACCGCCCCCCAGUGAAGAUGACCACGCACUCGAGCCCUUCAAUGACGAAGGCCAGCAUGAGCAUUCAGAAAGAGACGCUGGCGCAGCUGAAACAGGACCAGGUGGACAGAAGUCGUACUCCAGCGGGUAAAGAUGUCCUCCAUCACCGUCUUUACCUGGAUCCUCACAGCAAAGCCCACCUGGCAAACCCACAGGAGGCAGUUCAGGGAGCGGACCGAGCCAUAAAAUACAAAGAGGAGAAUCGUCAGAUUCUGAAGGAAAGCAUCGAGGUCGCCCCCUUCACCGCCAAGAUCCAGCGCUCCAUGGACCCUGGGAUGGAGCGGAGCAGGGAUCCAGCUUUCCCGGUCCCGGUGCGAGCUCUCGCCUCCCAAAGCCCAAAGGCCAGCCUUACCCACCCAAACAUCAUCCACUCGGAGAAAAGCAACUACUUCACCACCCUGUCCAACAGCGUGGUGAACGAGCCUCCGAGACUCUAUCCCUCCAAGGAGAUGGGCCCUUACUACGAGAAGGUUUCUGCCGGGAUGGUGACCAGCGUUGGAGCUGUUGUGCAGAGUCAGGGAAUCCAGUCUCUGGGAAGCUACAGCUCCAAAGCCUCCCUCUCCAAACCGCCCCCCCUGAUAAAGCACCAGCCAGAGGGAGGAGAGGGUCUAGCAGGGAAAAUCACAGAACAGCUGAGUCAGCAGGUCACUCUGGUCCAACAGCAGCAUCACACAGGUGCAGACAGGUUAGAACGCUGCAGUCCUGCCAUUCCUUCUCCCUCCAACCACCACCACCAUCACCACCACCACCACCACCAGCAGCACCAGCUCAGGGCCAUGCCGUCUCUCUACCGGGCUCCAGUCUUCCACCCCCCCACACAGCAGGCGCUGGACUGCAAAGACGCUGUGGAGCGGGAGAAGGAGUGGGAGAAGGAGAGAGCUGGCUUCGCUGGACGUUUGUCUCCACCCACCCUCACACCCAUCCAGCCGGUCAGCCUGGCAAUGGCCGGUACCAAAACGCUGGUGGAGCAGCAGAAGCCCCCCACAUUGUUGCCUGAACUCAGGGACAUCAAAAGUCACAGGGUCAGUACUGCGGUGACCUCUGUGGCUCCGCCCACCAGCGGAGACGUGAUGGCAGAUGGGUGGAGAGGCAGAACAAUGACUCAGGGAAGGGACGCUCUGUUCCCCAGGGAGAAUGACGUAUCGCGGGGGAAGCCUCCGGCAGCAGUGGCCUCAGUCAUCGUGGGUCCAACGUCCACUAAGUACGACAGUCUUGUUGGUGCUAACAGAUCUGGUGCUAUCGUUCAUAAGGAGCCCCCCUCAGGGAGAUUCUACCCUUCCAAGCUGGAGGGGGAAUCUGUGAGGUUUGGAGAAAGUAGAAGAGAGCCUGGAGCUGGAAGGGUGAUCCAGCCUCUGCCCAACAUGGAGGACAAGUGCGCCCAAAGUAAGAACUCUUUCAUGCACGGACCUCUGAGUUCCACCAGCUCUCUGAGCAGGUCUGCUGUGGUAGUUUCAUCAGCUGUUGACGUGCAGAAUAAAACCUCAAAGUCAGCAUUUUCUCCUCGGGAUGAGGUCAAAGCUGGUGUUGGAGGCUGGGCGCUCAGCCAGUCGGCUGCAGAUAAAGAGCGAGAGAACCAUGUGGCGAUUGACUCCCAUGCUAGAUUUUCAGGUUUGUCUUUGCCUCAAACCAAUUCCACAGGAGCCUCCCUCCCCAGCCAAAGCCCCGCCCUGCCGUCGUACUCUGUUUCUGGCUCUCCUCAGCAGUUCUCCUCCUCGUUCAUCCACUUGAAGAAGCACAAAGCAGCUCUGGCUGCAGCCCAGUCAAGAACCAGCCUCCCGACUGCUCCUUCAUCUGCAACAACGGGAAGCCCCACCCUGUCUGAGUCAUCUGACAAGACUCCAAACCACAGUUCCACUCCUCCACCCUCCUCUAGUCAGGGCUCUUCCUCCUCCGUUGAAAGCAGCAGUAGCGGCUCUGCGGCCGGCCGCACGACUCCAGGCAAGUCCAGCCCCGUCCCCAACGGGCAGUCGACAGGGCUGGCUGCAGCUGGCUGUGGACAGCCCAUCAACUACCACAAGCUGAAGAAAGCCUGGUUGACUCGCCACUCGGAGGAGGACAAGAACACAACCGCCACUACAAGCUCCACCACUACCAAAGCAGAGAAGCUGUUCACCACUACAACCAGCUCCUGCAGCACCACAGCCAUGUCUGACAUGAUCAGACCCUGCACCGUCAACCUGAGCGCAUCCACCUCCAACGACGUGGACAUCAGCAAGGAGAGUGGCAGCAAAGUGGAGAGAGACCGGCAGGUGGAGGAGAAGAGCGCUGGAGCUGGUGGGGAGGAGAGGAAGUCCUGUCCACCGUCGAGGCGAGGCCACAAGCGUUCGUAUGACUCCGGCUCGGAAACCGCAGGAGACGACUCGGACGGCAGUGAGAGCAAGAUGGAGGGCAGGGCCAAACGCCAACCCAAACCAACGUACAAGAAAAAGCAGAACGACAUGGCCAGGAGGAAAGGAGACGACAAGGAGGACGAUGACCUCAAGCCCAACGGGAUCUUCAGAUCAGCCCGCGAGAAGACGAAGCUCAAACUGGCCAGCAGCAAUGGGAUCCCCCGCUCCGUGCUGAAGGACUGGAGGAAGGUCAAGAAGCUGAAGCAGACCGGAGAGUCGUUUCUGCAAGACGACUCCUGUUCAGAAAUCGGACCCAACCUCCAGAAGUGCCGGGAGUGCCGGGUGGUCCGCAGCAAGAAGGGGGAGGAGCCAGCGCACUCGCCUGUCUUCUGUCGCUUUUACUAUUUCAGACGGCUGUCCUUCAGUAAGAACGGAGUCAUCCGGAUGGACGGCUUCUCCGCUCCAGACCAGUUUGAUGAUGAGGCUCUGGCCCUGUGGGUCCCCGGAGCGGUGGAAGACCCCCACCUGGAUAAAACCACCGCCAAGUACAUCCUGGGCUUCAUCGGGGACAAGUUCUGUCAGAUGGUGAUGACUGAAAACACUGCAGCCAGCUGGGUCAAGAAGGACGCCAAGAUGGCGUGGAAGCGAGCCGUGAGGGGGGUGAGGGAGAUGUGUGAUGCAUGUGAAGCGACGCUCUUCAACAUCCACUGGGUCUGUCAGAAGUGUGGGUUUGUCGUCUGCUUGGACUGCUACAAGGCCAAGGAGAGAAAGAGUUCCAAGGAUAAAGAACUUUACGUUUGGCUGAAGUGUGUCAAAGGUCAGCCCCACGAUCACAAGCACCUCAUGCCCACUCAGAUCAUACCUGGCACAGCGCUGACAGAGCUGGUGACCUCCAUGCACUUCCUCAGAGACAAACACAACAUCAAGUCGUACUGUUCCUGCGCCAGCAAGCAGAACGCCCUCAACAAGCUGCCCGUCACUAACGGAGUCUCACAGGUUCUCCAGAAUGUUCUGAACCACAGUAACAAGCUGUCCCUGGUGAAGGCCGAACAAGGCUCCCUUCAGAACUCCGAACACGGAGGGAUCAAGGCGGAGACCAACGGGUCGGGGGGAGGGGGCAGCAGUCCAGGGAGCGACGCGGGGCGGGGCGCCUCCGUCACCCCGCCGGAGUCUCAGUCCCCCCUGCACUUCCUGGCUGAUCUGGCGGAGCAGAAAUCCAGGGAGGAAAAGAAGGAGAACAACGAGUCGGUGCUGCUGGGGAAAGCUCUGAAGGAGGAUAAAGACGGGGACGCCCUGGAGGUGCUGCAGCAGUGUAAGACCUCCUCACUGGUGGGCAGCGGCGCCGAGCAGGGCUCCACGCUGCGGGAUCUGCUCACCACCACGGCGGGGAAGCUGAAGCUGGGCUCCACGGAUGCAGGAAUCGCCUUCGCACCGGUCUACUCCACGGCCUCACAGACUGGAAAGGGGGGCCAGGCCAUGCCCAACAUCCUGGAUGACAUCAUCGCUUCGGUGGUGGAGAACAAAAUCCCGGCCAGCCGCCAGAGCAUCACCAAGCUGUCCAUCAAGCAGGAGCAGAUCACCAUGGUAACCAACUCCUGCCCCGCCGCCGCCACGGACGACACCAAAGCAGACAGGAAGAAGCCGGCGCCUCCAGCAGCAUCAACGCCAGAGGACUCGACCAAUCAGUACCCGGGCAUUCCCCACAGCUGGCUGAGCAACCGGCGGCUGCUGUGGCUGCGAGACCACCGCAACCAGAACAACUGGAAGCUGUUCAGAGAGUGCUGGAAGAAGGGACAGCCGGUCCUGGUGUCGGGGAUCCACAAAAGACUGAACGCCAGCCUGUGGAAGGCCGACUCCUUCAACCAGGAGUUUGCAGACCACCAGGGAGACCUCCUCAACUGCAAAGACCAGGUCGUGUCAAAUUCUGGCAUCAAGGAGUUCUGGGAUGGAUUUGAGGAUCUCACCAAGCGGCCAAAGUCCAAGGAUGGAGAGUCCAUGGUGUACAGACUGAAGGACUGGCCGUCCGGAGAGGAGUUCAUGGCCCUCAUGCCCUCACGGUAUGACGACCUGAUGAAGAACCUCCCCCUUCCAGAGUAUUCUGACCCUGAAGGGGCCCUCAACCUGGCCUCUCAUCUGCCUUCUUUCUUCGUGCGUCCAGACCUGGGGCCGAGGCUCUGCUGCGCAUACGGUGUAGCUGCCUCUCAGGAGCAGGACUUUGGGACCGCCAACCUCCACCUGGAAGUCUCUGACGUGGUCUCGGUUCUGGUCUACGUUGGAGUAGCCAAAGGCAAUGGAGUCCUGUCCAAAACUGGAGUCCUGAAGAGACUUGAAGAGGAGGACCUGGACGAAGGAGUCCGAAAGAGACUGAAAGACUCGAGUGAAACUCCAGGAGCGCUGUGGCACAUCUACCUCAACAAGGACGUCGACAAAGUCCGAGAGUUCCUUCACAAGCUCAGCAAGGAGCAGGGAGCAGACACGCCCCCGGACCAGGACCCAAUCAGAGAGCAGGCCUGGUACCUGAGCAGGAAGCAGCGCCAGCGGCUGCUGGACGAGCACGGAGUCCACGGCUGGACCAUCGUUCAGUUCCUCGGAGACUCUGUCCUCGUACCUGCAGGGGCCAUGCACCAG